CCAGUGAAGAACAAAAUAAAAUACAUAAAAAUAGUGUCGGUACGAUCUUCUCUUGACCCUUGCUUUUUCCUUUGUUUUUUUGUUAAUUUCACCACCUCAGCAACCGCCGUUCCCCGCCGCUACCGACACCCAAGAUGAGGAAGGAACCACCGCCCUCAUCGCUCUCUUCCACCGCCGCCGCCACCACAACCUUCGGGAAACUAUUUGUUUGCGUCGAAACAAAACUAUUAGUCGCGACAUUGUUAUCGUUUACUUUAGUUAUGUUCCUCUGGCAUCUCCCUCCUUACUACCAGAACUUCGUCUCCACCGCCCGUCCUUGCACCGCUCCUCUCACCACCUCCGUCGUUGUCUCCGCCGUUGCCAACACCACCGCUACGAGUUUGCUGUCCCCUAAUGUUUCACUUCCUUACACGGCUAACCCGAUAGCUAAAAAGUACAACUCCGUUCCUAAACCCAAACCCAGGGACCCGAACAAGCGGGUCUUCGAAGCUUACGGUAACGUGGCGGCUCUGUUUGUUCAGAUGGGCGCUUACAGAGGCGGACCGACGACGUUCGCAGUGGUCGGAUUGGCUUCGAAGCCAAUUCACGUCUUCGGCAAGCCGUGGUUCAAAUGCGAGUGGAUCUCGAACAACGGAUCUUCCUACCGAUCCAAAGCUUACAAAAUGCUACCCGACUGGGGAUACGGUCGAGUCUACACCGUCGUGGUGGUGAACUGCACCUUCCCGUUCAACCCGAACCAAGACAACGCCGGUGGGAAGCUGAUGGUGAAUGCUUACUACGGCGAAUCCCAGAGAAAGUAUGAGAAAUUCACGGCUCUAGAAGAAUCGCCCGGAUCUUACAACGAAUCGAAAUUCCAACCGCCGUAUCAAUACGAGUAUUUGUACUGUGGUUCCUCUUUAUACGGGAAUCUCAGCGCCGAUCGGAUCCGUGAAUGGAUGGCUUACCAUGCCUGGUUCUUCGGACCCAGCUCCCAUUUCGUGUUCCACGACGCCGGCGGGGCGUCGCCGGAGGUUAUGGCGGUUCUCGAGCCGUGGGUCCGAGCCGGGAGAGCCAUGGUUCAGGAUAUAAGGGGCCAAUCCAAGUACGAUGGGUACUAUUACAACCAGUUCUUGGUGGUGAACGAUUGUUUGCACAGAUAUCGACACGCAGCUAACUGGACUUUCUUCUUCGACGUCGAUGAAUAUAUCUAUUUGCCCGACGGGGACUCUUUAGAAUCGGUGUUGAAUGAGUUCUCGGGAUACACCCAGUUCACGAUUCAGCAGAAUCCCAUGUCCAGUAUGCUCUGUUUGAAUGAUUCUUCCCAAGAAUAUUCCAGGCAAUGGGGAUUUGAGAAGCUACUCUUCAGAGAUUCGAGAACCAAGAUUCGGCGUGAUCGGAAAUACUCGAUCCAGGCGAAAAACGCAUACUCGGCCGGUGUACACAUGUCGGAGAACGUGAUCGGGAAGACAUUACACAAUACGAAGGCGAAGAUCAGUUAUUACCACUACCACAACACAAUCACACUCCACGAAGAGCUGUGCCGGGAGUACCUACCGGCCGCCGCGAAGAACAAUGUCAAUUGGUUCAACAAGCUGCCUUACGUCUACGAUGACAACAUGAAGAAACUAGCCAACACCGUCAAAGAAUUCGAGCUAAAGACCAUCGGGAAGAAACCCGAAGCCUUAACCCACAACGACCGAAUCGGUACGAUCCAGAUCGAUUCGGCCCAAAACUAAUCCGAUCCGGCCGAGCGUUUUCGGGGAUCAACUCACGUGCUUAUUUGUCAUCACUAUUGAAUUGAGAGUUGCUUGAGCUUUACUCCUCCAUUGCAGCCAUGGAUUUUUGGAGUUUCGACCCCACAAGUACUAAAAACAAAUGGGGAAAAAGCUGGAAAGAAAGGGACCCCGAUGUAUUGGCUGUGAAGGUGAGUGUUUUACUUGUAUCAUAUUUGCGCAUAGGGUCCUCUUCUUUUAUAAUAAUUAAUUUUUAAUCCUUCUAUCUAUGGUGGGAAUACUUGUAACCUUUAGUUUCUUUACAUUUUUUAAUUUCUUCCUUUUUAUGUUUUUGCUUUAUGGAUUCAUAUCAGUGAUAUAAAUUUAUAGUUUCUGAUUCUUUUAAUAAUAAAUAUAAAUUAUUUAUAU